GCAAUCGUCGUCUUUUCUAGGUCGUCUAGCGUUUGCAUAUGCAUAACCUGGAGAUCUCAUCACCAUUUACCAUUGACCAUUAUCAUCACCGAGUGCAUAUGCUAAGCUCGGAGGGUCUAUAUAAGCGAUGUGGAAAGGUUAGAAGCUCACCCUUACAAUUUCAGAGCCUCGAAUAUCGAAGGUCCCGUCUCUUGUCCGAUCACCAGUAAUUACAGCUGAGGCAACAAUGGCGAGACAUGGAUCCGUGGUGAUGCCGAUGGCUUUUCUCGUUCUUUUGCUGGUAGGCCCAGCUCUUGCACAGAAAGGACCUCCAGUGGAGCUAUGGAAUACGUUUGUGAGCAACUUGAGUAAACUCGACUUGAUUUUGGAGAUUUGCUCGAAUGCAACAGUCUUCCCCAACUGCCCAACUACGACGAUGCUCAAAGUCAGCCCUCUGAGCGUCAACAGAAUUGGGCAGGGUUAUCCAACAGAGCCCAUUGGGCUCAGAAUCAAGGACGUCGCCACCGGCAAAAUGCUCGUUAGAAAGUUGUGGCCUGGACAGUUGGACCCUUACAAGCAAAUCGGAUCCAUCAUCUCCUUCGUGCCAAUUCAGGCUGGUUAUAAAAAGCAGCUCCAAGUAUGGCUCGGAAAUGACAAGUUUGGAAGCACCCGCCUCGGCAACAUUAUCUUCUAGAAGCUCCUGAUCGACCUUCCUGUAGAUCCUGUCUGAUACAUUUCUCUUUCAGCCUAAGUUCUUCGUUCUGACAAGAGAAGUGCAGUGCAGCAGACAGAUAAACGAUGGAUCAAUUAUCCUGCAGUUGCUCUAAGGAAUUAGGAUGGAGAAUAUAGAGGGCUCUUUAAUGCAUUGAAUACGAAGUGACGAAGCAGCUGUAUCUUCAGUGGGGUCACUGCGGUCUGAUAGACUUUGUAUACAGCCAGUGUUUCAUCUCCAAAGUGCACGCCAGAUUCAUAUUAUGAACUGGGAGGGGUACUUCGCUGCUUACGUCGUGGAUUGUCUUGCGCCUCGGAGUUAGAGUAGUUUAGGCUACGGUCCGUUGCUUUGAGUUUGUCGUAAGCGACUAAUUGACUCGGUAGAUAGGUAUAGCAGGCUAUCAAAGGUUCGAAUUCAGCAGAUUGGACAGCUCAAAAUGUUCCGAUGAAAUAAAAUGGCUGCAAAGUUGGUCCAUCCUGCUUUGACAGCAAGGUCUCUGUCGUGUGAAGCAACAUCUGCAGAGUAAAAACAGAGAAAUUAAACAACAUAUGAAAGUAUGAGAACUUAUGUCUA